AGCAGACCUGGCCAGUGGCAGGGGCUGGAGCCGGAGCCCAGGCCGCCAUGUUCUCCCUGUCACCCUUCCUCUCCUGGGUGCCCGGCCUCCCCUCCCUUGAGUGGGGCUCCAGCCUCCUGGAUGUCAUCCUGCAAGGCCUCAUCGGGGCUUGCGGAGUCUCGGUCCUGAGCAGCCUCCUGAAGGUUUACUUCUUCGUGGGCUGUGCCAAUGACCCGGAGCGGAGCCAGGAAAAGGAGCGGCUGCAGGCCCAGUGGGCCCCGCUGGAGACGCUGCACCUGACUGUGCUGGCCUUGUUCUUGACCGUCGUGGGCUCCCGGGUGGCCGCCCUCGUGGUGCUCGAGUUCUCCCUCAGGGCCGUCUCCACACUGCUUUCCCUGGGCAAGGGCUCACGGGGCACCGAGAAGCUGCAGCUCUACCUGCUGUGCCAGUACUCACUGGGCUGCGGGCUGACGUGCGGCCUGAGCUUCCUGCAGGAGGGCGCCCCUCACCGCACCCUGAACCUGCUGCUGGGCCUCGGGCUGGCCGCCCUGCUUGGCACGGGCGCCCGCCGCCUCCACCGCCACGUCGGCCGCCUCUACGAGCUGCACAGCAGCGAGCAGUACUGCGGCGUGUGCCUGGGCCUGCUGGCCGGUGCCCACGACCUCCCCCGGCUGCUGGGCCGUGCCCUGACUGUGGCCUUGGUGGUGGGCGACCUGGCGGCUGUGGCCCUCAUCAACCAGGACUUCCAGACCACCUCGGAGGCUGUGCGCUUCUGGACACCGCUCACCAUCUGCUACGCACUGCUGGUUGUCUACAUGCAGGAGGAGCAGCGGCAGCGGCCCGGCAUGCAGAGCCAGGUCCAGACGGUGCUGGUGCGCAUGGGCGGCCUCUUCGUGCUGCUGCUGACCGUGGGCCGCUGGCUGGACGUCCUGGGCGUGCUCAUCUCCCUGCUGGGCGAGCUCUGGUGCCUGGCAGACGUCCGCACACUGUUCGAUCUUUGCCAGAUCCAGGAUUUUCCAUCCCAGAGGCGUUCAGUGUCAGCUCCAAGACAGCUCCCGCCCUCAGCGCCCGCCCGGCCCCAGGGGACAGAUGAGUCCUGACGGGUGUCAGAUAGGACUUGGAGUCUGGCUCAGGCCACAACACACUGCCCAGCCCAGGCCUGGGCACCCAGAAGCUGCCUGGAGGUGGGGUGGCAGGGCUGGCCCCCUCCUGGAGCUCGGGAUGGACACUCGGGGCCCCCAAGGGGCAGGGGAGGGUAUGGGGCUGGGCCCCUCGGAGGGUGGGGGCACCUGGAGGCCGCUUGGCUUGGUCCCUCAUUUCCCAGGGUGGGUGAAAGAUACAUCUCCCUCAGGCCAGUGUUUCUGGGUGGGGUUGGGGGAAGUGGGGGAGAACUGCAGCCUCGGAAUGGCCUCCCCCUUUUCCAGCCUCCCUUGCUC